UGGACUCGGCCACUAGGCGGCGAGGCUCUACCUGUGUGCUGAUGUGUGCUGUGCUCACUUCCUAGCAGCGCGUUGUCUUUGUGAGUCCGGAGGAACCUGCGUAUAUGUUGGAUGUGAUCGUGCAGGAGACAGCAGGGAGCCCUCCUGGGGUGACAGAUCGGGAGUAGUGCGGUGAUUGUAUGUUGUGGAGGAGCAUUGGUGAGGAUCCAGAGGGGGAGCUGCCUGCACUGACCCGGAUGAAAUUGCCAACGCCCCUUGUUUCAAUCUCAGAUCCCUUUGGUGACGACUAGUGAACACAGGAUUUACUUCAGAGAGGAUGAAGAGGCACGUGGCUUGUUACUUUGUGGCACUGUGCGCAAUGACAAUUGGAUAUACAUCAAAGAGGUCAGCUGCUGAUUUGGAUGCGACUCCCAGGAAAACUGUAACGUAUAACGAACUUUCUGAUGCCAAGCGAUUUAGUGAUAAAGUGAAGAAUUACACCACGUUACUGCUGGAGGAUGAAAAUGGAAUUAUUUUUGUGGGAGCGAGAGGAGCCAUCUUUUCUCUGAAUGCAACAGACAUUUCUCACCGAUCUCGCAGAACUAUCAAUUGGGAGGUCACUGCUGAAGAGACUAAAACAUGUCACAGCAAAGGCAAAAAUAUUCAGACCGAGUGCUUCAACCAUAUAAGGCUCUUGCAGAGAGUUAAUGAAACCCACCUGUAUGUCUGCGGGACGCAUGCCUUUGCUCCACAAUGCUGCUACAUUGACGUGAAGACAUUUGUUUUACCUUUAACAUGUGACGAUGGAAGAGAGAAGUGCCCAUUUGAUCCAGUUAUAGGGUACACUGGCUUUCUAAUUGAUGGGGUUCUGUACACAGCAUCAGGCUAUGGGUUCUACAGCGCACCGGACAUACGGAAAAAUGUUUCAGUGCUGCAUACAUUGAAAACCGAAGCUUCGCCUCUUCAAUGGCUGAAUGAUGCUGAGUUUGUGUCCUCCUCUUUGGUUCAAGAAAGUGUAAAUUCUGCAAUAGGAGAUGAUGAUAAAAUCUACUACUUCUUCAAUGAACAAGUCAAGGAAGAAAGUUCUGAGUUUCUAGCCAACACCAAAGUUGCAAGAGUUGCUCGAGUGUGCAAGAGUGACAUGGGAGGAAAGAAGAUCUUACAGAGGAAAUGGACAUCAUUCCUAAAGGCGCGAUUAGCCUGCUUCAUGCCGUACUAUGAAACAUUAAAGAGCGCAUACACCCUAGAGGUGGGGGCCUGGAAUACGACCAUCUUCUACGGAGCCUUUAUUUUACAAUGGAGAAACAUGGAAGCCUCAGCAGUUUGCCGGUAUAGCAUAACAGAUAUUCACGAUGUGUUUGAGGGUGAUUACAUGGAAUAUCAAAAUAAUUUGCGGAAAUGGUCUCGAUAUCAAGGGAAUCCACCAAGGCCAAGACCAGGUUCUUGCAUUACAAAUGAACUGCGAAGCAGCAAUUACACCACUUCUCAGGAUCUCCCCAAUAAUGUCCUGGAUUUCGUAAAACUCCAUCCUCUCAUGGCGGAGGCGGUAAAGUCCAUUGACAAGCAACCAGUUCUCAUGAAGAAGAACAUCAUUUAUACCCAGAUUGCGGCAGACAGAGUCACAGCUCUGGAUAAGGAACAAUACGAUGUUCUGUUUCUUGGCACAGAUAAUGGUUGGAUUCACAAGGCAGUAGUCAUCAAAUCCCAAGUUCAUAUCAUAGAGGAGAUCCAGAUCUUCAAAAAGUCACAGCCGGUAGAGAAAUUGGUUAUCUCCAAGAAACAGAAUAGUUUGUAUAUCGGAGCACAGAGUGGAGUUCUCCAGUUACCACUGUCUGGAUGUAGCCGAAGCACCUCAUGCUAUGACUGUAUCCUAGCCCGAAACCCGUAUUGUGGGUGGGAUGGCAAAGUCUGUCGAGAACCUCGAACAUCACAGGACAUGGUACAGAUGACGCAGGAUAUGCAGAAUGGUAACGGAGGAUGUUUAAACAACACAGACCAGGUUGUUCCAAUGAAGAAACUGAGAACUGUCUUGAAAGGAGAUGAUGUCCUUCUGCAGUGUGACCUUUGGUCCAACCUAGCUAAGCCUCUUUGGCUAGUGAAUGGCACUGACCCUUUGGAAGAGGACGAUGGUCGCCUUCGAGUGGGAAUCGAUGGGCUCCUCAUCACAGAUGCUCUUUUGGAAUACAGUGGAGAAUAUGACUGUUACUCUGAAGAAAAUGGCUUGCAGUCUAUAAUUGCUUCAUAUAACGUCAGUGUUCUACUACAGCUGCCAAAACCAUCUGAUGCUACCCCCAACAACCAGCUGCCAACACCAGCACCUCGAUCUUCUUCCAAGCUGGAAUUUGUGUACAUUUCUAUCAUCACGAUCCUUGGUGGACUCUGCUUAGUCCUUUCUAUAGUUCUAUUGUAUGUUUCUUGCCAGCAAAAAAGAAAGGGCAAAUAUGCAAUGCGCAAUUCUCGGAUAACCAGCGUAGAACUUCAGACGGUGUCUUCAAACUUCAAGGACAAGUCUGAGGAACAUCCUCAUUAUUCUGAUGGAUGCCUUCAGAUAAUUCCAGGAGAGGCACCAACUGCAUCUCCCAUCAAAACAAAUCCUCCUCCUCCACCACCACCACCUCCUUUACCAUCAGAGUUCACCAAUGGGAUCAGUACCCUGCCUAACAUGCUGAGGAAAAUGAAUGGUAACAGCUACAUGCUUUUAAGACAGAGUGAGGAGGCAAGUUCUCCUUUGUACAAUUCAUUCACAGAGGAACUUAGCAAGAUCUUGGAGAAAAGGAAACAUACGCAGUUGGUUGAAAAGCUGGAUGAAAGUUCAGUUUAGUAAAAACUAAUGAGAUACUGUGAAAAAAAA